UGGCUUUUCCUCCACUCACGCGCUCUCUCACUCUCGCUCAACAAUUUCUUUUUUGUUUUCAUAAAAUUGAUGACCACUAAAUUGUCCCAGCGGAAACAAAAGAUCGUGAUCCCAGCGAGUCUCUCAAAAAGCUACCAAUAUAUUCUCUCACUCUGCCACCACUGUUCAUACCAUUUACCUUUUUGCGGCUUUGCAUUUGGAUUUCGAUUUCAAUCUCCAGCUUUUUUUCACUCCCGUGAUUCUGUACGAGCACAGAUCCAGCGAGACUGAGAGCGACCUGUUUGGGGAUUCUAUUCAUGGAAUUGAAGCAACAAGUUUCCACAACAUGAAGUUUUACAUAUCCACGACGGGGAUUAAGCGAGUCACGAUAUCCAGCUCCGGCGCCGCCGGUAAGGCUUCUCCGACCAAGGCCACGGCGCCUCGUCGGAUUUCCAGCCGGACGCUGCUGCCGGUCCUGCUCGUGCUCGGGAUCGCUCUGCCGUUUCUCUUUGUGAGAAUUGCGUUUUUGGUGCUCGAAUCUGCCACUGCUUGCUCUUCUCCUCUUGAUUGUAUAGGAUGGAGGUUUUUCAGCGGGGCUGACGCAUCUCUGAAGCUGAGGGAGGAGCUAAGCAGAUCAUUAGUUGAGGCGAAGGAAGGUGACAUUAAUGAGGAAGGAAUAGAGAUAGAGUCAUUCGACAAGCUUGUGAAGGAUAUGACGUCGAAAAGACAGGAUAUCAAGGCAUUUGCUUUCAAGACCAAGGCUAUGCUACUUCAGAUGGAACGCAAGGUCCAGUCGGCGAGACAGCGUGAGUCUAUUUACUGGCAUUUAGCUUCACAUGGUGUCCCCAAAAGCUUACAUUGUCUUUGCCUAAAACUGGCCGAGGAGUAUGCUGUAAAUGCAAUUGCUCGAUCUCGUCUACCUCCACCAGAAUAUGUUUCUCGCCUUGCCGACCCCUCGUUUCAUCACCUUGUUCUUCUAACUGAUAAUGUCCUUGCUGCUUCUACUGUUGUCUCUUCUACAAUCCAAAACUCAGCCAACCCUGGAAAGUUAGUGUUCCACAUAGUUACUGACAAAAAAACUUAUACCCCGAUGCAUGCGUGGUUUGCGAUCAAUUCUAUUAAAUCUGCGGUGGUGGAAGUUAAGGGAUUGCACCAAUUUGAUUGGUCUCAGGAAGUGAAUGUUGGUGUGAAAGAGAUGUUAGAGAUUCAUCGUCUAAUUUGGAGGCACUACUACAAUAAUUUGAAAGAAGAAGAUUUUGAGUAUAAAGGAGAACAUAAAAGAUAUCUAGAGGCUUUAAGCCCCAGCUCCCUCUCCCUCCUUAAUCACCUCCGAAUUUAUAUCCCUGAGCUGUUUCCAGAUCUCAACAAGAUAGUGUUCUUGGAUGAUGAUAUUGUAGUACAACAUGACAUAUCAUCUUUGUGGGAAUUGGAUCUCAAUGGAAAAGUUGUUGGUGCAGUUGUUAAUUCAUGGUGUGGAGAUGACUGUUGCCCGGGAAGAAAAUACAGGGACUACUUGAACUUUUCGCAUCCAAUUAUAUCAUCCAACUUUGACCCUGAUCGUUGUGCAUGGCUGUAUGGCAUGAAUGUCUUUGAUAUCGAAGCUUGGAGGAGGACCAACAUCACUGCAACUUACCAUCAAUGGUUAAAACUUAGCCACAAAUCUGGGUUGGCAUUAUGGCAUCCAGGAGUACUUCCACCUUCCUUAAUAGCUUUUGAGGGUCAUGUGCAUCCUAUUGAACCAUCAUGGCAUCUGGCCGGUUUAGGUUAUCAAUCUGCAGAAGUUCAUCAAGAGGUAUUGGAAGCUGCUGCUGUUAUACAUUUCAGUGGCCCUGCAAAGCCAUGGCUUGAGAUUGGGUUUCCAGAGGUCCGAAGCUUAUGGACUAAAUAUGUAAGUUUCUCAAACAAUUUUAUUAGGAAAUGUAGCGUAAUGGGGUAAAGAGGGCAAAGUUCUCUUACUCUCAUAUAUAUAUAUAUUCAUUUCUGGAAAAAACCAGAAGCAAAGUAUGGGUCCAGAGAGAAGAAGGUUUUGCCUUCAGUUUCUGCUCACACUCAGCUCUGCAUACCACGAUAUUGGUUAUUUCAUGUCCAUAAUAGAAAAUAGCCCAAGGUUCCACGCAAUACACCAUAAAUAGUCGGGAUCUUUAGACUUGUUCAAGAGAUAUAGGAUCAUGUUGUAGCUCUCUAACAAUAUUGUAAAUUACUUUUGGUCAGGUAAUUUAAUAUUUGCUUAUUUCAAUGGUUAAA